GGCCCGAGCAGCUGGCCGCCAACCGUUUCAAGAGGGAAGGGAAGCUUCCACUUCCACCACGACUUUUGUGACACGAAUUGACAUCUGAAAAGGAAGCGCAACGCAACAUCAUCACGACCCUUCGACUUUUGCCGUCGGCUUUUUUCUUGUCAACACUCACGCUCGUUGAUUUCCGACUUUCUUCACCGAAUCGAUUUUCCAUCAUCGAUUUCCGACGCUGUUUUCGCACCCCACGAACGCGCAUUAGAAACGACGGGACGCUCAAGUGCAGCUAUUAUUGACAGUUUGCGCCUACGUCAGCUGGUACCUACGUACUCGGUCACAUCAGCCCCUGUGAAUCCACAGCUUCCCCUUGUUGACGAUCGGGGAAGCACAACGACAACUCUACAACCACCACAACACUCCCUCACAUACGAGAGCGGACCACGCCGUCACAUCACCAACCAUGUCGCAUUACUACGGCGCACCGCCAAACCAGGGCUACGCCCCUUCCAACGCCCAGAACCUGCAGUUCUACCCCUCCUCAUACACACAGCCCGUGUCCGGCCACGCAACACCUUCACAAGCAGCAUACGGUUACGGCGGGCCCUCGUCAUCGGGUGGCUAUGGCGUAGGAACCGGCGGCUUCUCCUCCGGCUUUGGCGGUAGCAGCGCGGCCGGCGGCGUUUCGGGUCGCAUGGGCGAGCAGGGCGGACUGAGGACCGGAUGGCUGGCGGCCUUUUCGACGGAAGGGUACGAGGGAGAGCCUCCUCUGCUGGAGGAGCUGGGCGUUAACUUUGGACAUAUUCGAUCAAAGACCCUAGCAGUCCUCAACCCCUUCGGCCGCAUCGACCAACACCUAAUGGACGACUCCGACAUGGCCGGCCCCGUCCUCUUCUUUUUUCUCAUGGGCACCUUCCUCCUCCUAUCCGGCCGCGUCCAUUUCGGCUACAUCUACGGCCUCGCCCUCUUCGGUUCCAUCAGCCUGCACGUCAUCCUCUCGCUAAUGGCUCCCUCGGCCGGUGUUCCCUCCUCCUCCUCCGCCUCCGCCUCCGGCCCCGCUGGCCCUGGCGCCUCAGCACAAGCCUACUCGUCCUACCCAGGCCCGUCCGCAACCUCCAUCUCGUCCGCCUCCAUGUCCGCCGCCGACCACGACCACAGCGCCGGUCGCUCCACUUUGACCUUUGCCCGCUCCGCCUCGGUGUUGGGGUACUGCCUGCUCCCGCUCGUGGCCACCAGUCUGGUCGGGAUCGUGAUGCCCAUGGAUACACCCCUCGGCAUCGUCCUGACGAGCGCGGCCAUCUUGUGGUCGACCUACUCGGCUAGCGGCAUCUUUUGCGCCGUGUCGAGGAUGAGGAGCAUGCGGGCGCUGGUGGCGUACCCGCUUGCACUGUUUUAUGUGGGGUUUGGUAUUAUGAGCGUGUUUAGCAGCAAGGGGAGCGGGUCGUUUGCCAAGGUUGGAACGGCUUCUUCGUUGUGAUGAGUCUGUGUGUAUAGUGUGUGUGUCGGAGAGGGACAAAAAGUUGGUAAUGAAUAUGG